AUGGAAAAAUAAUUAUGCCUACAACAUAUGUAAAUUAUAUAGUCAGUAUGUCUUGAGAGAGAAUGUUACAAAUAAUAUUAUUGUUGUUGUGAAUGUCUUUUAGAAACUCAUUAAAAUCAUUAACUCAUGAAUGCAAAUGAUUUUCAAGACCUUGAAAAAUCAAUUAAAGAUUCAUCAUAGUAAUUAUUAUAAGAUAUUGAAUUCACUUAAUAAAUUGUUUUUGAAUAAUUGAAUUCCUACAGAACUUUAGUUGAUAAUUAUAUUUCCAAACAAAAUUAAAUAAAUAAAAAGGAAUUCUCUAUUAUUCAAUAAUCUAUUAGUUAAAGACUUUUAAAGAUUAGACACCUUAUUUUAAAAAAAGUACUAAAUGAAUUUCAAAUUAAAUUACUUUGGACUGAAGAUGAAAUUUAAGAAAUUUCAUAAUAUUUAUAAGGUAUUUAAAUUUGUUAAUAAAUAAAUAGACUUUGAAAAUAAGGAUUUCAUUCAAAAAUUAGCAGAUUGGUAAGAAAAAUUAAGAGAAGAACAUAAUUCUAUUUUAAGUAGUAUAUAAAUUGAUAUUGAAACAGAAUAAUGUGAAAUAACAACACUUGAAUAAUAGGAUUAAUCUAUUUAUUAUGGUUAAAAUGUAAAUGGAAUGUUACAUGGAAGAGGAAUCAUAAUUGGUUAAACAUUUAUUUAGGAUGGAUUAUUUAAAAAUGGAUAAUUUGUAUAUGGUUUAUGGUUGGUAGAGAAUUAAGCAAAAGAAAUUAUAUCAAAAGAAGGAGUAGUAGAUGAAUAAAUUUAGAGAUAAAUGAAAUCAAUUAUUGUAUAAACUAACUAUUUAAAAACAAUAAAGGAUUAUGAUGAAUUAAAAACAUCUAAUAUAAAAAGAUUUUAAUGGGAUGAAUAAGAAUAAGAAAAGAUAUCUUAAAUUCUAUAAAAUGUAAUGAAUCCUAAAGUAGUUAAUCAACAUAGAUAAUUAUUACUCUAUUUUGAAAUUCCAGAAGAAUAUCAUUAUUUAUAAUUCAUUAAAUAAUAAGAUAUUAAAAAAAUAAAUAAAGAUUAAUUAUAUUUUGGUAGUUUAAUGGAUGAUAAUUAAACAUUACAUGGAAGAGGUAUAUUUGAUAGAUAAAUAUUAUAGGAAUACUUUUUGAAGGAAAUUAUUCAAUAAAAGAUGGAAUUUGGGAGGAAGGUGAAUUCAUUUGGGGUAUAUGGGUAUCAUUAUUAAAUAAUCAAUUAUUUUAAUACUAUGGUACUAUUACUUAAGAGUAAUUAAAGUAAUAUGAAGAAUUUAAACUUUUAUAGAAAGAAUAUGAAAAACAAGAACAAGAUGAGAUGUAAAUAAUUUAUUAAUUUAGAUAAAAAUUAAAUCAUCAAAAGAAAUUAAGAUUUUUCAAAAGGAUAUAUUAAUUUAUGGAUACUUUAAUUUCAGGUAAAAAUCUUUAUUAUUAGUUUAGGUUAUGUUCAUAAUGUAAAAUUAAAGGAAUUAUAUAACAAAAAUAAAUUAGAUAAGGAAAUUGAUGUUAAUGAGAAAUAUUUAUAAUUUGAAAAUGAACCUGAUAUUAUUAGAAAUAAUCAUCAAUUAUAUAUAGGAUUUUAGAGUGCAGAUGGUAACCCUAAUAGUAUUGGAUUUUAUUGUGAUUAAAAUCUUAUAGCUGGAGGAUAUUGGGAGAAUGGAAUAUUAUUAUGGGGAACUUAUCACAAAUAUAUUAGUGAAAUAGAUCAAAUAAAUGUAUAAUAGAACAUACCAAAAGAAAUCUAAGAAAAAAUAUAAAUAAUCAAAUGA